GUAUACCAGUUUCUUUAGAACACCGUAUGAGGACACAUGAUAAUAAAUGAGGAAACUACUAGUGAAUCGUACUUCCUGCAACAACAUGACGCUACUGGUUGCUACCAUGUCCUGCUGAAACCCAGGAACGCAACAUAAAUAGAAAGUUUAUAUAUACUGCUGCUAGUUGUGUUGCACGCACGGACUAUAAUUGCAACAAUAUAAAAUAUAACGCUGUUUAAUUUCCUCCCAGCAAUUACGAAGCAUUCGCCGUAAAGGCCGCAGUUAACUUUACGUUGUAGAGUUUUUCUCCCCGCCCAUUGUCCAACACACUGAGCGCCGAGUUUGGUUAGAGGUUUCACUUUUCUGGCGCGAGAGAAUUGCAGGGAAGCUGGCACCAUGACAUCCAAGAAAAAACGACAAAAUGUGCAAAGUGACCAGUGGGUGCUGGUGGCACCAGAAUUGCUUAACGGCGAAGCUAAAGAGAAGAAUUGUAAAACGUUAUUUGUGAAGCUGCGGAAUCCUGGUACAGGCCAGGGAGCCAUGUUUUUGUUUGCCAGCUCAGGAAAGCAGCUGUUCGAAGUGAAAGCAUUCCGUGAGGAGUAUCGAUCCUGGUUUAUAGGUCAGACUGUUCAGCAAGAUGGAAGACUUUUGUUUGUGACACCAAUGGAUCCUUUGUUUUUGAUAUUAUAUUAUUUGAUCAAAGCUGAUAAAGAGCAAGGAAAGUUUCAGCCUGUGGAGCAGGUUGUGAUCGAUCAAGAGUUUCCUUCAUGCUCAAUAUUACUUGAAUGUAAGCAAGUGGCACAGACACUUCAGCAUGUAACAGAAGAAAAAGAAAUUGGCAGCAAGAAAUUUUACAAGUACAAUAAAGAAAAAACACUGGCAUGGUUAAAGAAAAAGGUUGACCAGACUGUCAAAGUUCUUAAAAGCAGUGAAGUGUGCGUUGGAGGCGGUGUCCAGUCUGCUAAUUUUGUUCGAUGCAAGCGAGAAUUAGAUGUGAAUGAAGGUUACCGGACCCAUCUAGUCCAACUACUGAGCCUCCAGUAAAGAAAAGGAAAAUGUCUGACCUACCCGUGGAAGCAGAUGAAGACUACACAAAAUUUAAUUCAGAUUCGAAGAACAAAAAGUCAAAUAGCAAAUUGUCCGCAGCUCAGAGAUCCCUAGCUAAAGUGGACAAAAGUGGAAUGAAAUCGAUAUCUUCUUUUUUCAGUCCAAAAAGUAAGACCUCCAAAUAAAAAAAAAUAAUAAUAAAAAGUUCACUGAGAAAUUGUACAUUUUUUAUAAUAAAGAUACUUUGUUUCUGUA